AUGGCUGCCGCCGCGAAGCUCGCCGUGGCGCCGGGCGCACCGACCACGACGACGCGCCACCGAGCCUGCGCGCCCCUCGCGGUGUCGUCCGCCACUCCCGUGACCGUCAGCCUCAGCAGCAUGACGCAUAAGAAGGAGGCCACUUCGGCGGCGACGGCAGUGGUGAAGAAGGAGACCGCGACGCCCACUGUAGGCGGCCCCGCCAAGGCGACGUUAACCCAGCCGCUGGCGUGCAUGUGGCAGGAGGUCCAUGGCGCCGACGACUGGCGAGGCAUGGUGGAGCCGCUCCACCCGCUGCUCCGCACCGAGAUCGUCCGCUACGGGGAGCUCGUCGCAGCGUGCUACCGGGCGUUCGACCUGGACCCGCGCUCCAAGCGGUACCUCAACUGCAAACACGGCAAGAGGCAGAUGCUGCAGGCGGUCGGCAUGGACGGCGCCGGGUACGCGCUGACCAAGUACAUCUACGCGGCGCCUGACGUGGCACUUCCCAUGGGCGUCGGCCGGUCGUGCGGCAAGAGCCGGUGGAUCGGGUACGUCGCCGUCGCGUCGGACAGGGAGGCGGCCCGUCUCGGUCGGCGAGACAUCCUUGUCUCCUUCCGCGGGACGGUGACCAGCUCGGAGUGGCUGGCGAACUUCAUGAGCGCGCUCGCGCCUGCGCGCUUCGACCCCGCCGACCCUCGCCCGGACGUGAGGGUCGAGUCGGGGUUCCUCUCCCUCUACACCUUCGACGAUGUCUCCGGCAAGUUCACCACCGGCAGCUGCCGCAACCAGCUCCUCUCUGAGAUCUCCCACCUCGUCGCCAAGCACAAGAACGAGGACAUAAGCAUCACCCUCGCUGGGCACAGCAUGGGGAGCUCGCUCGCCCUCCUCCUCGGCUACGACCUCGCCGAGCUCGGCCUCAACUCCUACCCCAAUGGCGACACAAUCCCGGUCACCGUAUUCUCCUUCGCCGGCCCGCGCGUCGGUAACCUCGAGUUCAAGAACCGAUGCGACGAGCUCGGCGUCAAGGUGCUACGAGUCGUGAACGUGAACGACCCAGUGACAAAGAUGCCCGGCGUUCUCUUCAACGAGAGCGCUAGGGUUCUAGCAGGGCGGUACGAGCUGCCGUGGAGCAAGUCCUGCUAUGCGCACGUCGGCGUAGAGGUUGCCCUCGACUUCUUCGACGCUGGCGACAUCGCCUGCGUACACGACCUGCAGGCCUACAUCGAUCAGCUUCUCACGUGCACCAACGACAUCACUGUUGCCUCUGCCUCGACGAUGGAAGAAGAAGGUAUGCGUCGUAGGGUUGCAUCCAUGUUCAAAUCGUGGAGAUGGCAAAUGGCAGCGAUACACGCUGGUGAGUUGAUGCAAGCGCUUGGGAUCUGA